UUAAUGAUUCAGAUUCACAUCUCUUUUCUUUUUAUUCCCCCUUCCCUCUCACCAUCACACCUCCAUAUUUUGCUCUAUAAAUUUCCCCUCCCUUUCCUCUCACCAUCACACCUUCAUUGUGUAUUUUGUUUUGAUAUUUCAAGCUCUCUCUCUACCAAAAGCACAAAAGACAAAAACAAAGUCCGCAAAGUUUGCACAACAAUGAGCUAUUCUCAUCAAAGCAUGGGUUCUGGUAGUAGAAGUGCAAGGGGAUAUGAGUUUGGAAGGACUUAUGUUGUGAGGCCUAAAGGAAAGCACCAAGCUACUAUUGUUUGGUUGCACGGUCUUGGAGACAAUGGCUCUAGCUCGUCUCAGCUCUUGGAGAGCCUACCUCUUCCAAACAUAAAAUGGAUUUGUCCAACUGCUCCUUCGCGUCCUGUUUCGCUUCUCGGUGGAUUCCCUUGCACUGCCUGGUUUGACGUGGGAGAAAUUUCUGAGGAUCUUCAUGAUGAUAUAGAAGGCUUAGAUGCUUCAGCUGCACAUAUUGCUAACCUCUUGUCAACUGAACCAACAGAUGUCAAAGUUGGGAUAGGAGGUUUCAGUAUGGGUGCAGCAAUAGCUCUCUACUCCACGACAUGCUAUGCUCUUGGACGUUAUGGAAAUGGACAUCCUUAUACUAUAAACCUGCGAGCUACUGUAGGACUUAGUGGCUGGCUUCCUUGUUGGAGGAGCUUAAGGAGCAAAAUAGAAAGUUCGAAUGAGGUUGCAAGACGUGCUGCAUCAAUGCCAAUCAUACUUGCACAUGGAACUUCUGAUGAUGUAGUGCCUUAUCGAUUUGGAGAAAAGUCUGCUCAAACACUUGCCAUGGCUGGAUUCCGACAAGUUAUGUUCAAACCAUAUGAAGGGCUUGGUCACUAUACGGUUCCUAAAGAAAUGAAUGAGGUGGUUCACUGGCUCGCCUCAAGGCUUGGUCUCGAGGGCUCGCGUUAAACACUGCACGCCAUCUUCUAAGCAUCUAUAGCGCUAUUAUACAAUGGUGUAGAAUAUUAUAUAUAAGGGGUGGGGGGGGGGUUUCUUGGGGUAUACGGUAUUUUUCAUGUUUCUGACUGUUCUGUGAUUUUAUUCAUGCUUUUCUGCUGUUCGAUUCUUGAUUAUGAACAAUAAAUAAAAAAAGGCUCCAUAUGCUCUA